AUGUCUGACGCCGCGGAGACCAAGCCCGACCCCACCACCACCGCUCCUGAGGCCGCGAAGCCCGAGGAGACCCCCGCCACCGGCGAGGGCGAGAAGACCACCACUGAGGCAGCCGCCGAUACCGCCAAGGACGCCGCGGAAACCGUCAAGGAUACCGCCGUAAAGACCUCCGACAACGUGUUCUCGAUGUUCGGUGGUGGCCCCAAGAAGGAGAAGAAGGAAGAGACCGAUGAGGGCGCCGAUGAGCCCUCUGGCUCUUCUAAGGCCCAGAAGGAGUCUGAGAACCCCGAGGAUGAGGCUCCUGAGUCUCCCGAUGUCCACUUCGAGCCCGUCAUCCGCCUGACUGAGAAGGUCGAGACCAAGACCAACGAGGAGGCCGAGGAGCAGGCCUUCAAGAUGCGCGCCAAGCUUUUCAAGUUCGACCGCGAGAGCAAGGAGUGGAAGGAGCGUGGUACUGGUGACGUUCGCCUGCUCAAGCACAAGGAGAACCAGAAGACUCGUCUCGUCAUGCGCCGUGAUAAGACCCUCAAGGUCUGCGCCAACCACUACAUCGUCCCCGAUAUGAAGUUGAGCCCCAACGUCGGCAGUGACCGCAGCUGGGUCUGGAACGCUGCCGCCGAUGUUAGCGAGGGUGAGCCUGAGGCUCAGACUCUGGCUAUUCGCUUUGCCAACAGCGACAACGCCAACGCCUUCAAGGAGGCUUUCGAGAAGGCCCAGCAGGAAAACGAGAAGCUGUUCAACGCCGAGCAGUAA